AUGACCGAUCAGUUCAAAGAGCGGUCACGUAAAAUCACUGGCGAGAAGAACGAGGCCAUCGGUGCACGAAACGAGGCGGUUACGGAGAAGGACGCUGCGAUUGCUGAGCGUGAACAACUGCAGCAGCAACUCAAUUCUACAAACAUCGAACUCGAGACAACUAGACAGAACUUGCAGGCGACGACACAGCAGCGCACAGAGUUUGAGCAACAAGUCAAGAACUUCCAGCAACAGGUACAAAGGUUACAGCAGGACGCUCAAGCCAACCAAUCCGGCGCGCCAAUUCCUGCCGCUCAACCAACAGCAGACGGGUCGCCAUCAAUGUCUUCGGAAGUAGUCGCCCAGUUGGAGCGGCAACUCGCCGAGAUGCGAAACCAGUUGGAAGCCAUCUCAGCCCAAAAGGCUACCGCCGAGCAGGAGCUUGAGGGCCUGCGAUCGCAACUGCAGACAGCCGUCUCCGAGAGAGAUCAGGCUGUCGAGGCCGCACAGCAGGCUGCCCAGGCACAGCCUCAGCAUACCGCCCAACCGACGGCGGAGGCUGUUACCACGAAUGGCGCGAGUGGCUUAUCUGACACUGAGCGAAAGGCUUUGGAAGAAAAGAUUGCUACCGCCGAAGCCAAGGCUGCAGAGGCUGAGCGCAAGGCGAAUGAGCUCGAGGAGAACAUCACCCAGACCAUCAAGGAGCGGUCGGAUAAGAUGCGCAACGCACUCAACGAGAAGCUUCGCCAGUCUCGCGACAAGAUGGAAGCCGAGUUCGCCACCAGGGUAGAGCAAGAAAAGGUUAUUUGGAAGGCUGAGCAGCAAGGCGCCGCACCUGUUAAGCCUGCAGAAGAACAACCAGCUGUGCCUGCUACGCCCAUCAAGCAGCAAGACCCGGACGCGGCUCCAGCAACGCCAAUGACCGGUACACCUGCCGGUGCCGCGGAUCUGUCUCAACUCCCCGAUGCCGAGAUUCGGAAGUUCCUUUCCACCAAUGCUACCGUGCGGAACAUUAUGUCGGGAAAUCUUAGAAAGAAACUCGAGGAACAGACUGCCAAGGUUAAGAACGAGACAGAGACGAGUAUGAGGGCCGAGUUUGAGCAGAGAAUUGCAAACGCUCGCGAGGAAGGUCAGCUGCUGGCGCAGAAGAAGUCUGCGCUGCAAAUCAACAUGAAGGACAAUCAGCUCAGAGGUGCCAACGCCAAGAUUGAAGUCGUGUCCACGGCCGCAACAAAGACACCUCAGCGACCCGUUGGGGAAGUUUGGGAGGAAGCUAAAGCUGCCAAACCAGCUCCCGCCGCGCCGCAGCAAAGCCCUGCGAAGCCCGUUGGCAACACGCAACCCGCGGCACCACGUCCUUCGAUCUCGGCCCCGUCAGCUGCCGCACCAGCCCAAGCUGCUGCUCCGACAAUCGCACCGCCAGUCUCAACCAACCAAGCCCAGCCGUCAGGCGGGGCUGCUACUAGCGGGAUCCCUGCGCCGGGCAGCAGCAUCCCUCAGAAGAGACAAAUACCUCCUCCUGGAGAAACAAAGCCGGCAACCAACAAUGCUGCAGCGAGCCCGUUCGCGGCCGGUGCUGCUAAUGGCACUCCGGCCCAGGCCAACCCAUUCUCACAAAGUACACAAGGACAGCAGCAGCAGCAGCAGCAGCAAGCACCACAGCAGCAACAGAACCCCUUCGCUUCCAGCACACAAGGGGCACCAGCGGGCCAGGCCGCACCGCAAGGUCAUGGGCUACCGCAGCCACCGGCUCAGGCUGCUCCAGGCCAAAGGAGUGGCAUCCCUCUUCCAGGACGAGGCGGCGCAGCUGGUCGUGGGCGGGGUGGGGCGUACGCUGCCGGAAAUAGGGUGUCAAGCGGAGGUGCAGAGAGAGGUGGUCUAGCAGGACGUGGUGGACGUGGUGGUGCCCGGGGAGGACAUAAUGCCGGCUCGUUGAACCCUGGUGCCAACGAUUUCCAGCCUGGAAACAAGCGGCCUAGAGGAGAUUCCGAGGCCGGCGGAAAUGCUGGUGCGAAGCGAGCCAGAGGAGGUGGACACUGA